AUGAAUUAAGACUCAUAAUUUUAAUAGAAAUAGGAUUUUAAAUGUAAAGAUCAUCCUGAAAAGCCUGCACUUUUUUGGUGUAAAUCAAUUGAUUGCAACGAGAAUAGAAUUUUCUGUCUCAUUUGUCAAAAGUAGAAUAAACAUAUUAAACAUUAUAAUGGAGAUGUUUUUAGUAUUGAUAAAUUAAAUGAAUUUUUAAUUGAAAAAUUAAAAUCAUCUAAAGGUUUCAUUUCAGAAUGUGAACUUUAAAUGCAAUCAACAAUUAAAUCAUAUAAUAAACUCAUUUCUGGUUUAUAAUAUAAAUUCUGUGGAUUAGAAAAUAAAAUAAAUUAAUUUGAAGUUUAUUAAAAAUAAUAAGUUCUUGAUUCUUUGAUUAGAUAAGAUGAAUUUAUGAAUUAUUUGAAACAUAAUCUUGAGGGAAUUUAAUAAAAAUUUUAGAAAACCAUAGAUGAUCUUUUUAUUAAAUUAGAAUUACAUCUAAUUUAAUAUUAAAUAACUGAUUAAUAGAUUAAAUUGAAUCAAAAUGAAUAUCAAAAAGGUUAUUAUUCAUAUUUAUAUUCUUUUAGGUAUAUCUUUAAAUAUCAAAAAUGAAUAAAAUGAAGCAAAUUUAAAUAUUUGA